GAUCAUGAGGGUUGACCUUCUUCCCAGAAUGCCGCGCGUGUUCCGCAUCUCGUGAGUAACUAUGGCGAGGGCUUACCUGGCCGGCAAGCCGCUGCUAAAAGCCUUGGACGAGGAGAAGUCUAGUCUGACACCGGACUCCAGGAAUAUAGCCGAGAAAGCCUUGGCCCAGGGGCCCGGGGCAAUAGUGCCUUUUAGUGUCUUGAGGGAGCUGCAUGGAGUCCUGAGGGCGAAAGAUUCUCCGCUCUUCCUCCACGAGCUUCUAGAAGGCAGUGAAAUCCAUCUGCCAGAAGUGGAAGUGCCCGAACGUAACCCAGAGCUUGUGGCACGCCUGGAAAAGAUCAAAGCAAAGUUGGCAAAUGAGGAGUACAAAAGGAUAACAAAGAAUGUUAGCAGCCAGGCCAAUCGACAUGGGACUCUGGCUGACCUGAGCAGACAAGUCCGACCGUUGAAGACGAUGGUGAUAACGGUCUUUAACUUCUUUGUCACGAUUGCCGCUGCUUUUGCUUGCACUUACAUUGGCAGCCAGUAUGUGUUUUCUGAAGUAUCUGCGCGAGUUCUCACGUCUGUGAUCGUGGCAUCGUUGGUCGGAUUAGCAGAGCUGUAUGUCCUGGUCCGGACAAUGGAAGAUGUAGAGAUCGAACCUAGCGCUAUGAAGUUGUGGCAGGAUUAGGAGCUCGAAUUUACCAAGAGGCGAUUCGAUGAAAAGAAAACGAAAUCUAGCAGCUGGGGAUGAAUAUCAAUGGAAUAAAAUAUU